AUGUCGUCGAAGCACUGGUCACGGUUGUUGCACAAGCAUGCUGCACAUUUUCGCACUCAAAAAAUCUUAGCGCUUGUGCCUAAAGAAUAUGCACCGUCCGAAACAAGCGAUAAAUCCAGCUCUGAUGAUGAACAGCACUCAUUGCACCCAAGCUUUGCUUCAUCCCCCGCUCCUUCAUUUGAUUCUUCUUUAGAACGCAUGCACCUACUCAGUUCCGAUGAUGACACGAAUUACAAAGAAAACCAAUCGUCAAUUGAGGAUGUUCCGCUCACUCCUAUUUUUCAACAGAUAUGCCCAUUAUCACCAAAAUUUACCGAUUAUGAUAACAUUCCUUCCCUUUCAUCCAUUCCAUCCCUGACUUCAAUAAAUCCAUCGCCAUCAACGUCAGCUAGAACUCCGGUAGGCCGAAAAACGAGAUCCAAAAAAAUGGUAACAGCUCCUGCAGCUAAAAAACCACGCAGGAUACAUAAAUUUGCUCUGGCCUAUAAAUGGAAGACGGCAAUAUUUCGUCAUAGGGCUUCAAUCGAUGUAAAUGAUGUGACUAACAUUCAACUUCCUGAAGAAAUCGCCAAUAAGACAACUGUUGAAGAACAUGAUGCCACUAGCGAACAACCUGAUAAAGAAGCUGCCAUUGAUUAUUUCUUCAAAUUCUUUUCUCCGGAUAUAAUUACUGAAAUAACAGAGCAAACAAAUAUUUACUCCGUUCAGUUGACUGGCAAAUCUAUCCAACUAACAGAAAAUGAGUUACAAGAUUUUCUAGCAAUUCAUAUUUUGAUGGGUAUAGUACAAAUGCCUUCCUAUGUAGACUACUGGGGUAAUUGUUUUCGUUUCGAACAGAUUGCUGACAUAAUGCCACUAAAGCGGUAUCAACAAAUCCGAAGGUUCCUGCAUUUUGUUGAUAAUAGCCUAGAGGACUCAGAUAGAUAUUACAAAGUAAGAAAUAUAUCAGAAAUGAUUAGAAGGAAUUGCUUGCAACAUGAAUCCGAAAACAACUUUAGUAUUGACGAAAUGAUGAUUGCAUAUAAAGGGAGGAAAGCUGGUAACCGUAAGCAAUACAUGAAAGAUAAACCUAAUAAGUGGGGCUUCAAGAACUACGUCAGAGCGGGAGUCAGCGGCAUGAUUUACGAUUUCAUUUUGUAUGGGGGUGAUGAUACAUUUCGUUACCAUAAAUUCACCGACGACGAAGUUUCUUUAGGCUUUGGGGCUCAAAUCGUCAUUGCCUUAUGCCAAAGCAUAAAAAACAAACCAGCAUUAAUAUUUUGCGACAACUUUUUUUCUUCGCCAGAACUUUUUUAUUUAUUAAGGGAAAAUUAUGGCAUUUUCGGUUUGGGAACCAUCAAGGAUAAUAGAAUACGUGGUGCGGAAAAACUUUUGCCUGACCAGAAGGCAAUGAAGAAAAAACCAAGAGGUUCAUAUGCGCAGGUAGUUUGUGAUAAAAAUAAGCUAGUUGUAGUUAAAUGGAAUGAUAAUAAGCCAGUGACGCUUAUUAGUUCAUUUGUUGGAGCUGAACCUGUUCAAAAAAUUAAGAGGUAUUCAAAAGAAGAAAAGCGCAAAGUAGAAGUCGAUUGUCCACAGAUUGUAAAAGAAUAUAACAGACACAUGGGGGGUGUCGACUUAGCGGAUAUGUUAAUAUCCCUAUAUAAAAUUCCUUUUAAGUCUAGAAGGUGGUAUAUUGGAAUUUUCACCCAAUUGUUGGAAAUUUGUCUAAAUAAUGCAUGGCUGAUGUACAGAAAGAAUUUGGAAGGAAAAGGUAAACCUUUAAAGGGUUUUAGGCAUGAAGUAUAUCAAUGUUUGAUAAAGAGAGGAAGAUCACAAGAUGUUGAGAAAACAGAAAAUUCUAAAAUUCAAAAGCCACGUUUAGCUCGGCCUGUAAGCCCAAUAAGAUACGACAAUGUUGGGCAUUUCAUCUCAACCAAAGAAGACAUAGGACUACGAAAAUAUGACAGUGAUAAAGCAACAAGUCCCUUUUUGCCACAUUUGAGACCAUAUUUCGUCGCUGCACCUUCUAGGGGAGGAUGGGGGGAGGUUGGGGGAAGUGACGCGCUCUCACCGCCAUAA